CUCUGGACGAGUAAGACGCGACUCCGCGUGUACUGUGUUGACUGUCAAAGUCUUAGCGAGCCCAGUUCCCGGAAGCUGUGUGUUCUGAGCAAAGUUCUUGCACUUCAGUGCUUGAACCUGCGAAUCCCCGACUAUGAGCGCCCCGGGAGUACAGUCUUUUACCCAGCAGGGCUGGGACCAGGUGCUUACCAAAGUGAAACGGGCUCUGGUCUACCUGGACGCCUCCUGCGCCGAGAGCCUGCACUGGGGCUGCGGAUCCACCCGACUCUUGGAGGCGGUGGGGGGUCCUGCAUGUCAUCUGCGGGAGUUCGAGCCCGAGGCAGUUGGUGGCGGAGCUCAGCAGCCCAAGGCGGUGUUUGUGCUGAGCUCCCUACUGAAAGGCCGAACGGUGGAGAUUCUACGGAACAUCAUCUGCCGCAGUCACUUCCAGUAUUGUGUGGUGGUCACAGCCGUGAACCACGCUGUCCACCUCACCGCUAAUCAUGUGUCAGCGGCGGCAGCUGCUGAGCUGGAGGGGCAGCAGCCGGUGUUCGAACAACUGGAGGAGAAGCUGUGUGAGUGGAUGGGCAACAUGAACUACACCGCCGAGGUGCUGCACAUCCCGUUGUUGCUAGCCCCUGCUGCUCCCCACCUUGCCUUGACUCCAGCCUUUGCUUCCCUUUUCCCACUGCUACCCCAGGAUGUGCAUCUUCUUAAUAGUGCCCGACUGGACAAGAGAAGGCUGGGGAGCCUGGGUGAAGUGGAUGCCUCUGCCCUGCCCCCUGAACUGCUACUGCAGAUCAGGUGUUUGGUGUCGGGCCUCAGUUCUCUGUGUGAGCAUUUAGGAGUACGGGAGGAGUGCUUUGCUGUAGGUCCUUUCAGUCGGAUCAUUGCAGCAGAUCUGGCCAAUUAUGCUCCCGCCAAGAACAGGAGGAAGACUUCUGCAGGCAGGGCCUCAGUGGUCUUUGUGGACAGAACUCUGGAUCUCGCAGGAGCAGUGGGACAUCACGGCGACAACUUGGUAGAGAAGAUCAUUUCAGUGCUUCCCCAGCUUCCUGGCCACAACAGUGAUGUGAUGGUGAACAUGGUAGAGCUCACCGCGCUGCAGAACGAAGAGGAGAACCAGAGUAUGGUUGCACCGGGCUGUCUUGCACAAUCCAGUGACAUGGCAGCCAAAGCCCUGUGGGAAGCCUUACUGAACACCAAGCACAAAGAGGCAGUGAUGGAGGUCCGGAGACAUCUAGUGGAAGCAGCAAGCAGAGAAAACCUGCCAAUCAAGAUGAGUAUGGGGAGAGUCACGCCAGGGCAGCUCAUGUCCUACAUUCAGCUCUUCAAGAACAACCUCAAAGCUCUAGUGAAUCACUGUGGACUCCUGCAGCUUGGACUGGCCACAGUUCAAACCCUGAAACACCCCCAGACUGCCAAGUGGGACAACUUCCUGGCUUUUGAAAGGCUCCUUCUCCAGAGCAUCGGGGAGUCCGCAAUGUCUGGUGUGUUACAUCAGCUGCUGCCCCUGAUUAAGCCUUCGAGUCAGAGGACCAGUGAUGACUACAGCCCCGAAGAGCUGCUGAUCCUCCUAAUAUAUAUUUACUCCGUCACUGGAGAGUCCACAGAGGACAAGGCCCUGGCUGCAACUGAAGAAAAGGUGAAGAGAGCACUGGCCCAGGUCUUCUGUGAGGAGUCUAAGUUGUCACCUUUGCUGCAGAAAAUCACAGGCUGUGACUCUUCGGCUAACCUGACAUUUCACCUCGCCAAAGUCGCCGUGGAUGAGCUCUUCGCUUCACUGCGGGAUGUUGCUGGCGCUCGGCAUCUCCUGAAACAGUUUAAGUCUGUGUAUGUUCCUGCAGACCAUACCCACCAGGCAACCUACAAGCCGCUGCUGAAGCAGGUUGUGGAGGAAAUAUUUAAUCCCGAAAGGCCAGAUCCUGUUGAUAUCGAACAUAUGUCUUCGGGCCUCACUGAUCUCCUGAAAACUGGAUUUAGCAUGUUCAUGAAGGUGAGCCGGCCUCAUCCUGGUGACCACCCCCUCCUGAUCCUCUUCGUGGUAGGCGGAGUCACAGUCUCCGAAGCCAAGAUGAUCAAGGACCUCGUGCCAUCCCUGAAGCCAGGAACCCAGGUAAUUGUGCUGUCCACGCGACUCCUGAAGCCACUUAACAUCCCCGAGCUGAUAUUUGCAACUGAUCGGCUGCAUCCAGAUCUUGGCGCUUGAGCACCUCCUAAGAAGACAAGAUCUACCAGAGAUGGAAAUACUGAUCCUCAGAUUUCAAGUUCAGGUUAUGCCUCCAAAUCCAGUGUCCCUGGUAUGGCUGAAUUUUGUCCAAAGGGUCUUGAGAACCACACAGGGAAGUGGUUGGCUGGAUUCUUGAUUCUUUAAAAAAAACAUUAUUUUCAUUCCUCUAGAGGUGUCGAAUGUCUGCUGGUCUAAUUCAUAAUAAUUCCCAUUUAUUCUUAAUCUUCUAUUUGUGAUCUUCCUGAUUUCCGCCUACAAGUUCAAUAAUUCUAAAUAAAUGCCUGUUGGGGAGUGUUCGUAGAUUAUAAGCCCUUUGAUCUACAGUUGCUCAAAAAGAAGUUAGACAUGCCUUAGAAUUAUAAAUGUGAGGAAACUUUGGGUUUUUUCUUAAGAUUACACUACUGAGGGAGGGACCAUUGUAAAUGGGAUCUGAGGCUUUGUUUCCGUCUCGGUCUGAGCCGAGUCUGAGAAGGGGAGGCAGGCGGAGCGGGCGGGGGCUGCUCUGACUGCAAACCCGCCCCACAUGACAAAGGGCUGCAUUGUCCCAGCCCGUGCGUGUGCUGGCAGGGCCCCCAGCCUCCUGGGAACCACAGUGGGAGAAGGCUGGUUGGAGGGCUGUCUCAGCCUGUGAAAGGCCCCCAUCCCUGCCGAAGGAAGGCCCUACAGGUAUCUGGUCCCAGGGAGUCUACAUUCGAACCCUAACCCCUUCAACUUUUGUGAUUUAGUCCCUAUUGAAAUACAAAGCUCUCUUUUCUGUACAUCUAAAUUUUUCUUCUGGCCAUAGCAGAAAAACCUAGAACCACCUAGUGAAAUUAUAUAAGAGUUCCAGCAAAAGUUAACCCAGACAUUUGUAGGUAGGUGAGUGAUUGAUGGGAAUUUCUGGCAUCCCUAAAAGGUGUUUGUAGAAGGAGAUAAAGCUGAAACAGCGUCUAGUGUGGAUUAAACAGGUAGAGGAAAUAAAAUGUAAAUCGAAGCAUGUGUCUUUCAGUUCUCAACAAAUCACUGUCGUUUUAUGGAAAAACUAGGAAGCUGGAAAUCAUUCUGGGUUGUAAUCAAAGCAGGUUUUGUAGAACUGACUUUUUUUCCGUCCGAGUGUGUUUUCCACCUCACGCCAGUUCUUUUAUGGUGCUCAGUACUGGACACCUCAGGGGCUCCUUCCAUUGGGCUAAUCUAGAAGUUUGAGUUUGAAUGAGAAAAUGGCAGCACCCAAAAAGAAAUGAUAAUUGAAGAAAGCAUCAGUAUUUUCUAAAAUAAAAAAAAAAGAAGUAGCCUGCUAUGUGUCUUACAUCUAUCUGCAUUCAUUCAUUCAGUCAGUCAUUCCAUUCACUCCCAAAUACCGCACGAGCCCCUGGCUCCGGCCAGCCGCUCCGCUGGGUCCCCGCCCCGGCAGUGAGCUGAGCCAGACACAUCCGUGACCCUGCGGCUCGCACAGACCCAGCAGCUGGUGCCUCUCCUGACGCGGGCCCUGUGUGAGUCUCCGCUCAAGGUUAAAUUUUAAACCAUGUGUCUCUCUGCAAAGGAAACUUUUUGGAAAUACAAAAA